AAGAAAAAUCCUCGACACCAUUUCAGCCCAAAACUUUAGGGCUUAGCAGGCCGGCCUGGUGCGGAGUGUCAAGUCCACGGCGGCGGCGGCGGCGGCGGCGCGACACGAGUGCAUGACGACAUGCUCCGGCGGGCGACCACCUCGCUGAGCCGCCGCGCCGCCUGCGCCACCCUGCUCCGCCGCCUCCCUCCCCGGCCGGCGACGACGCUUGAGCGCCACCCGCCGGUCCACCCCGGCCUCCGCCCCGCGGCGGCGGCGGCGGUGCAGCUUCGGCGCCUCAGCGACUUCGGCGUGUCGGUCCCCCGGCGCAUGGCGCGGCGGAGUCCUCCCACCAGGCCCGAGGGUUACUCCACCUCCGACAGCGAGGCGGACGGGUGGUCCGUUAGCGAGGAUGACGAGGAGGAGGUGGAGGAGGUUCAGUUGGAGCCCAUGUCCGUCGAUGACGUCGCGGCGGGGAAGGAGUGGGAGGGGUUCACAUUGGAGUACGACCACGAGCACGACCUCGACGCCGAUGAUGAGGAUGCCGCGGAGUAGGAGAAGAAGAAGUAGCGGCGCUGGAGGUGGGAUUCUCUUCCUUUUUCUGCGUUGCACGCCAGGUGCUUGCGGAAAAGCCUGUGAGGCUUUACGCGUGCUUCAAUAAACUCUUUAGCUGUUGAUCACUGAUCAUGGAUGCCCAUUUGGGUCGAACCUGAUUACCAUUGUCCUAAACAAUUUUAGUCAAAACCUAAUUCUACUGCAGCAUCGUGGGCAUGCAUUGUUGGUUUAUUGGAAUGGCGUUUCCACAUUUUAACUGCA